AUGGUAACGUCUGUAAAUCAAGCAGAUGAGGCUGCGCAGGGCGCGCACAGCAAAGAUGAAGCUAUCGCCAUUGUGGGCGAGGAGCGACAUGCCAUUGAUCCUAUCGUCGCUGCGCGCGCGGUGAGGAAGAUUGACAUGUUUCUCAUACCAGCCAUGAUCAUCGGCUAUGGUCUAGUUUACUACGACAAAGCAAUUCUUGGCUCAGCCGUUCUCUUUGGCAUGACAACUGAUCUGAACCUCACCAUCGUCGACACCUCAACUACACCACCCACCGUCGACACCCGCCGUCUCAGUUGGGCCACAUCGCUCUUCUACUUCGGCAUGCUGGCAGGUCUGUACCCCAUGACAUUCGCCCUGCAGCGCUUCAACAUCGGCCGCGUCCUCGGCGGCGUGGUCAUCGUGUGGGCAGCCAUCUGCAUGCUCACUGCCGCCGUGACAACACACCAGGGCCUCUACGUGCAGCGCUUCUUCCUCGGGUUCGUGGAGAGUAUCAUCCCCACCGGCUUCAUGUGCAUUGUCUCCGGAUACUACACGCAGUCGGAGCAGUCGCUGCGGCAGAGCUGGUGGUUCUCAUCAACGGGGAUCUUCACCAUCAUCGGCGGGUCGCUGAACUACGGCUUUGCGCAGAUUACCAGCGGCGGAUUGAAAAGGUGGCAGUACAUCUACCUGCUCGCGGGAUCACUGACGUUUCUGUUUGGGCUGUUUUGCUUCGUCAUGCCGAAUUCGCCCGUGUCGGCGUGGUUUCUCACCUCGGAGGAGAGAUUCGCGGCGGUGGAGCGGUUGAGACAUGGACAGACGGGUGUGCGGUGUACGAAGUUCAAGGGAUCGCAGCUGAAGGAAGCUAUGCUCGAUGUCAAGAUCUGGCUGAUUGCAUUGAUGAUGGCGUCUGCAUACACGGUCAACGGCGCCGUUAGUGGCUUCGGGCCUCUCAUCGUCUCGACAUUCGGCUGGAGCACGCUGCACUCUAUCUUAUUCCAGUUCCCCCUGGGUGGACUGUGCUUCAUCGUUAUUCUCCUGACAGGGUGGCUCGGCUCCAAGUUUACCAACAUCCGCAUUUUCAUGCUCAUCUUUACAUGCUUGCCUGUAAUUGCCGGAUGUGCAAUUAUCUGGAAGAGCGAAUGGUCGUACCGCGCUGCGGCGCCUGUGGUGGGAUAUUCGAUCACGGGCUUCUUCGGCGGGACGGUGAGUCUGAUUAUCACGAUCGGAAUGUCCAACGUGGCUGGACACACAAAGAAGAGUUUCAUGGCUGCUACGAUCUUUGUUGCGUACUGCGUGGGUAACAUCGUCGGACCGCAGCUUGUUUGGAGCCAGACGAAGAAGGAUCAUUAUCCUGCUUUGUGGCUGGGCUUGAUUAUCUGCUACAUUAUUUGUAUCCUUGCUUCGACAGCAUUGUACUUUGUUCUCCGUAACGAAAACAGGAGAAGAGAUGCUCUGGGUAUGGGAGAUGAAAGUGAGCGAGCCAAGCUGGCUUUCCAGGACUUGACGGAUAAGGAGAACCCAUACUUUCGCUAUGUCUACUAA